AAUCAUAGAAAGGUAUUGAACAAAGAAUGUCAUGAAAGUUUCGUAAAAUGACCAUUGGAAGAGUAAACUCACAUUCUUCGAAAAUCAUGAAUGUAAAAAUAAUAGGAAAAAAUGAGCGUUUAUUAAUCAAGCCUUCCCGAAAGUGCGUAGUGCAUAGUGCCAUACAAAACCGAAACGGAAGUCUGAUCAAAAAAGUGACUCAAUCGUGAAGUUUAAAUGAGUUCUUACUCAAUGUAUAAAAACACAGCUCCCAAGAGUGUCAAAAUAACUUCGGAGCAGCAGACAGCGGAAUAAAAGCAGCUACGUCGUAAACAGAUAUAUGUGAUUCAACAUCCUGCCCGGAAGGUUUCCACAAGAUGUUCGGCGAGGUCAAGUUAUCCCCCGGCGUGGGACUUUCGCUGCUGAUCGGAGCUGUCGGUAGUGUUUAUUUGAUUGUGCAAAGCCAUCGAUAUUUCAGCAAACUCAGUCAACGGCGACGCUCGGAGGUCCAAAAGCCAAAUGUUGUAUGCUACAUGUGUAACGCAAACAUCCGAGUCGAAGACACCAACAGUUUCGCAUCAUGCCGUGGUUGCGAACGACUCGUGUGCCGGAGUGAGGAGAAACGAUGCUGCGAAUGGAUUCCGGCAAUCGGCAUCUGGGAAUGCCAAACCUGCCACUCGAACCGAGUCAUCCACCAGAGGGCCGGUGAAUGGUUGCUGAAUCAGCUCACGAGCCGCCUCCAGAAUCCUAGCAGCCUGCCAAAUCUGAAGAAUGAUGUCUCAAAUGCUACAGAUUCAGAUGAUGCACACAGUUCCACGUCCUCUAUUUCCACCAACCAGAAGAUCAAAGUGCGCGAGUUUAUCGAAGAGAUGCUAUCCUCCAUGCUGGAUGGCCCACUGGAUGAUGUUUCGGUGGGUCAACUGGGAAAGAACGAAAGUUAUUUAAAGGUGUUCCACAGGUAUCACUCACGUUUGAGCAGGUGUCUAUACAAUCUUGAGCUCGCGAUUCAUCAGUCACUGUCUGAUCUGCCACUCCGCGAGGGUCAAAAAACGCCAGACAGCCCCAGCGAGCAGCACUUCGAGCUGCGUAAACUGCUCCAGCGCAUCCUGGACGAGGUUGCCAGGUUGCCCGAGCUGCUGAAUCAAAAUGGCCUACCGCAACGGCCGGAAGAGUAUCUGCCGUACUUCAAUCCCAAGAAGUAUGAGCAGCUGUUGGCCACCGCCGUGCUCAAUAAGGUGGUGGAAAACUAUCGCAAUCCGAAAAAUUUUGAGCACGUGGAAGAGCAACAACAUCAGCUAGCGGGAGCGGAAAAGACUGGCCCUCCGACGACUGGUGCGACUUCGGCGGGUUCAGCGCUGGCCACCGAAACCACCUCCGACAUCAAUCACAACACGGUAUCAGGUAAAAGUCAGCUGAACGCAGCCAAUCUCAGGCGGAUGUCGCUAAAUGCGGAGGAAUUCCGGUCAAAGGAAGAACUGUACGACCAAUCGUUGUCGGAAUCGGAUGAGUCCUAUCUCAGUGACUACAUCCAGAAGCACACGGUACCGUUACCCGAUUUAUCGGAUGCCACUGGAUCCGGGCCGGAGGACGAUCUGGCAUCGGUAAAAUCGAAUAACACCGACGGUACCUGGGAAGAGAAUUGGUUGUUCCGAAAGCGUCAACUAAAGUCGACGGAAGCAUCCAUUGCAAUGCUAGUGCCAUCACCAACCGAAGAAGUCAAAGCCCUGAUUGGGGACAAAAAUGCGGAUGAAGUGAGCGAUCUAUCCGAAGCUGGAUCGGACAUCGAAGAGUACGAUUCGGAUAGCAAUAGGAGAGAUUCGACCACAGGAGCAAGUUUCCCGAUUCUUGAAAGCCCUCUGGAGUUCCCCAGCAAUGCGGAGGACUGUCUGAUGUCGAUCACUUCGAUCUCUCCUAGUGAACAGAUUCUCUCGGAAGCUACAAACGAUUUUCUAUUGAGGGAAAGAUCCACCAAUAAUGGUGCGGGUCACAAUAUUUUGAUGGAAUGUCUCAUAAGUCGGGCGCCAAGCACGGAGAAUACUGAGGCCACCAAUUUGACCAUUGUGGGAGGCGAACUUGUCGAGGAAAAUAACAACACAAUCAAAGCGGAAAAGAUCGAAACAGAUGAUGUGAAACUGAUGCAAGAAAUGGUUGUGCAUCCAAUCACAAUGUCAAGAUCGAUACACGCUGACCAUGAAUCCAACGAAUGUGAACAUAAAGAAAAGCCAAUAGACAGAGAGGAAGACCCGACGGAUCCCGCCAUGUCCACGUCCGCCUUCCGUACUACGAUGCUCGCGCACGCAGAUAGUGUGGCCACAACGGUAGACGAUAGCGACUACAAAACGGUAUCGCAGGGAACCUCGGAUGCUACCACCACCCCCGAGGCAGAUCUCGACUCGAACCCGAUGCACGAGAGCCUCCCAUCAUUGGCAUCGCUGGAUUCGUAUGCGUGUAACGAGGAGGAAUAUUGUUCCCUGCAUAACGAGGGCGGCGUGAUACCCGCUGGUGGUUUCCAGCCAAUUCUGGAUGCUUCCGAGCGUUCGAAGCCAUCGCCAGAGUUGGAUGAGGGUCAACUGCGAUUUGCCGAGCAGCCUCGGGAUGUGACACAACAAAGUGAACUUGCGUCCAGUCCUGAGGGAAUCGAGACUGAGACCAAGGUGGUGGACAACUUAGGGAAUUGUGAAUCUCCGUCGCUCAUCUCAUUCGUAAAAAGUGAAGGAGAAUCAACGAUUGUAAACUUGACUCAAAGCGUUCAGGAUCCUAAUGAACUCGCGAGUUCUUCUGUAGAUUCUCAUCAUAUGGUCGAAGCUCUGAAGACAGCACUCAUAAUCGAUGAGUACAAAGCGAACCCAAAUUUGGACCAAACAACGGUUCCCUGGUUGGAAAGUGUUUGUUCUCAGCCCCAAAUCAGUCAGGAAAGUUGUGAACUUGUUAGUCUGGAACCCAGAAUCAGUCAGGAGAGUUGCGAACUUGUAAGUUCGGAUGAAGAUCGUUUGGUUGACACCGAAAAUGAAGCCGAUCCAAAUCUCGUCACUGUGGAUGGUCCACUGUCGGAAAACUGUAGUGGUUGGCCAAGCAUACUUGAAGAGACCAUGAUCCCCGUGGUUGCAACCACUGCAGAGUUAUUAGGAUGCCAAGAGGUACAACUUCCCGAUAUUACCUGCAAUACAAUGACGAUAAUAGAUCCGGAUUCGUUGGAUUCCGUCACGGUGAGCGACGCUCAAAUAGAGCAAGAGAGUCCGCCUAUGACGAUUAAUUUUGAGGAAAACCAGCUGUCUUCUGUUGAAACAGUAGGACUCACCGAAUCUAACGCUUACGGUUUGGCGCCAAAUGAACCAACGAUCAGUUGUGUUGAAAGCACUCGAUCCAAUGUGGAUAUCAUCGCAGAGCAAGAAAUACGAGACAGUCUACUGGAAAAAUGUGAACUGAUAACGCUGCCCAGCGUUGAGCGAAGUCCGAGAAUCGAGCCUCCUCCAAAUGUUAUUCAAGAGAUGGAGACUGAGUUUCAAGCUACCAAACGAAAACAGGAGCGAUUUGAAGCUCUGAUGAGUGAGGAAAAUUUGGUCAUUGUUUCUGAAGCUGAUCGUUCAGAUACUGGAGAGAUCACAGGCAUAGAUUAUCUCACUGAAGAAGAUGAUCAAAAUGGUUACAACACGAUUUUGGAUGGUGGUGAGAUCGUCACAUCUCAAUCCACAGGAACAGCUGUUGAAGACGAUUACAGACAUCUCGGAACAAUAAGCUCCUACUACGCAGCCCUGCAUAGGUCUGGAACCCCAGAAGGAAGGCGUAGUCCAGUGCCACUGAUCAUGGUGGAAAUGCAGGAUAUCGAAGAUACUAUCGAAGGUGAGUGUAUUGAGAAGGGAUUACAUGGAUAUACAUCUGAUAGGCAUCUCGGAACAAUAAGCUCCUUUUAUGCGGCCUUACAUAGGCCUCGAACCCUGGAACAACGGCGUCACUCGACACCGAUCAUGGUGGACACACAGAAAGCAGAAGAUACGAUCGAUGCAAGUGAACAUAACUCAUCUGGAACGCCCUUAAUAGCAGCAACCUCCUACUAUGCGGCCCUACAUAGGUCUCGAACUCCAGCAGAACGGCGUGGCUCAACGCCAAUUAUAGUGGAACCGCAGAAAGCAGUAGAAAUUAUCAAGGAUAAGUUAAAUGAAAAGGAAGCUACCGCAUCAGAUGAAGAAACCUUACUUGGAAUGCCUCCAGUAACAGUAAGCUCCUACUAUGCGUCCUUACAUAAGCCUCGAUCUCCAGAAGAACGGCGUGACUCGACACUGAUCACAAUAGACAAACAGGAAGCAGAAAAAACAGUCGAAGAUGAACGCGUCGGAGAGGAAGCUAUUGAACCAAGUGAAGAUACCUCAUCUGGAAUGCCAUUAGGAACAGUGAGCUCCUACUAUGCGGCCUUACAUAAGUCUCAAACACUGGAAGAACGGCGUGAAUCAAUUUCAAUCACACAGGAACCGAAGGAAGCUGAAGAAUCAUUCAAAGAUGAGUGUAUCGAAAAGGAAGCUACCGAAGCAGGUGAAGAAACCAUACUUGAAAUUCCUCCAAGAACAGUAAGCUCCUACUAUGCAGCCUUAAAUAGGUCACGAACUUCAGAGGAACGACGUAGCUCGACAUCAAUCGCGGUAGACACGCUGCAAGCUGAAGAAACGAUUAAAAAUGACCUUAUCGAAAAGGAAGUUAACGAAUCAGCUGAAGAAACUUCACCUGGAACCAUUCUGGGAGCAGUAACCUCCUACUACGCGGCCUUACAUAGGUCUCAAACUCCAGAAGAACGGCGUGGUUCAAUACCGAUCACAGUAGAAACGCAGGAUGUAGAAGAAACGAUUAAAAUCGAGUGUAUUGAAAAGGGAGCUACUUCAUCUGUAACGCCUCUAGUAAUAGGAAGCUCCUACUACGCGGCCUUACAUAGAUCCCAAACUCCAGAAGAACGGCGUAGCUCAAUACCAAACUUAGUAGACACACAGCAAGCAUUAGAAACGAUUAAAGCUGAAUGUAUGGAAAAAGAUCCCACUAAAUCAGGUGAAGAUCCCUUAUAUGGGAAGCCUCUCAUAGCAGCAAGUUCCUACUAUGCGGCCUUACAUAGGCCUCGAACUCCAGAAGAACGGCGAGGUUCAAUACCGAUCAUUGUGGAACCUUCAGUAGUAGAAGAAACGGUUAAAGAUGAGUAUAUUGGAAAAGAAGUUCCUGAAUCAGGCGAAGAAACCUUACUUAAAAUGCCUCCAGGAAUAGUAAGCUCCUAUUAUGCGGCCUUACAAAGGUCUCAUGCUCUAGAAGAACGGCGUGACUCAAUAUCGAUCACGGUGGAAACGCUGGAAGCAGAAGAAACGAUUAAUGAUAAGUGUAUUGAAAAGGAAGCUACUGAAAUAGGUGAGGGAACUUCAUCUGUAGCGCCUCAAAUAACAGGAUGCUCCUACUACGCGGCUCUACAUAGAUCCCAAACUCCAGAAGACCGGCGUAGCUCAAAAAUAAUCAUGGCGGAAACGCAGGAAGCAGAAGAAACGGUUAAAGAUGAGUAUAUUGGAACAGGAGUUCCUGAAUCAGGUGGAGCAUCCUUACUUGAAAUGCCUCCAGGAACAGUAAGCUCCAACUAUGCUGCCUUACAUAGGUCCGAAUCUCCAGAAGAACAGCGUGCCGAAACGCGGGAAGCAGUAGAAAAGAUUAAAGAUGAGUGUAUUGAACAAGAAGCUACUAAAUCAGGGGAAGAUACUUUAUCUGGAACGCCACCAGGAAAAGUAAUAUCCUUCUACGCGGUUUCAGACAGGUCUCAAGCUCCAGAAGACCGACGUGGCUCGAUACCAACCACAGUUAAAGAAGAAGAAACGAUCAAAGAAGAGUAUAUUGGGAAGAAAGCUACCGAAUCAGAUGAGAAUACUUUAUGUGUAAUACCUCUAGGAACAGUAAGCUCGUACUACGCGGCCUUACAUAGAUCUCAAAGUCCGGAAGAACGGCGUGGCUCAAUAUCAAUCACAGUAGAAACACAAGAAGCAGAAGAAACUAUUAAAGAUGAGUGUAUUGAAAAGGACGCUACUGAAUCAGCUGAAGAUACUUCAUCUGGAAUGCCUCUCGGGAUAGUAAGCUCCAACUACGCAGCCUUACAUAGGUCUCAAACUUCAGAGGAACAGCGUUGUUCAAUGCCGAUCACAGUGGAAAAGCGAGAUGCAGAAGAAACGAUUGAAAAUGAGUGUAUUGAAAAAGGAGCUACAGAAUCCGGUCAUGGAACUUUAUCUGUAAUGCCUUUGGUAAUAGGAAGCUCCUACUACGCGGCCUUACAUAGGUCCCAAACUCCACAAGAACGGCGUAGCUCAAUACCGAACUCAGUAGACACACAGAAAGCAGAAGAAACAAUCGAAGAUGAGUUUAUUGUGAAGGAAACUACCGUAUCAGGUGAAGAAACCUUACCUGAAAUGGUUCCAGGAACCGUAUGCUCCUACUACGCGGCCUUACAUAGAUCUCAAACUCCAGAAGACCGGCGUGGCUCAACAACAAUCAUUGCGGAAACGCAGGAAGCAGAAGAAACGAUUACAGAUGAGUGUAUUGUAAAAGAAGCUACUAAAUCAGGUGAAGAUACUUCAUCUGGAACGCAGCCAGGAACAGUAACCUCCUACUACGCGGCCUUAAACAGGUCUCCAACUCCAGAAGAUCGACGUGGCUCAAUAUCAAUCACAGUAGAAAAAAAGGAAGCAGAAGAUACGAUUAAAGAUGAAUGUGUUGAAAAGGAAGCUACUGAAUCAGGUGAAGAUACUUCAUCCGGAAUGUCCCUAGGAACAGUAAGCUCGUACUACGCGGCCUUACAUAAGUCUCGAAACCCGGAAGAGCGACGUGACUCGACACCAAUCACAGUGGACACAAAGCAGGGAGAAGAAACGAUGGAAGAUGAGUGUAUUAUAAAAGAAGCUACUGAAUCCGGUGAAGAUACCUUAUCCGGAAUGCAUCUCGGGACAGUUAACUCCUACUACGCAGUGUUACAUAGGUCAAGAGCUCCAGAAGAAAGGCGUGGCUCAAUACCGAUCACAGUGGAAACGCAGGAUGCAGAAGAAACGAUCGGAAAUGAGUGUAUUGAAAAGGGAGCUACUGAAUCCGGUGAGGAGACUUCAUCUAUAACACCUAUAGUAAUAGGAAGCUCCUACUACGUGGCCUUACAUAGGCCUCGAUCUCCAGACGAACGGUGUGCAUCAACACUAAUCACAGCGGAAACGCCGGAAGCAGAAGAAACGAUUAAAGAUGAGUGUAUUGAAAAGGAAGCUACAGAAUCAGGAGAAGAUACUUCAUCUGGAAUACCUCUAGAAACAGUUACCUCCUACUACGCAGCCUUGUAUAGGUCAAGAGCUCCAGAAGAACGACGUAGCUCAACCCCAAUUAUAGUGGAACCGCAGGAAGCAGAAGAGACAAUCAAAGAUGAGUGUAUUAUAAAUGAAGUUUCUGAAUCAAGUGAAGAUACAUCAUCAGGAACGACUCUAGGAACUGUAAGCUCGUACUACGCGGCCUUACAUGGGUCUCGAACACCAGAGGAACGAGGUGGCUCGACAUCUAUCACGGUAGACACACAGCGAGCAGAAGAAAUGAUCAGAGUUGAGUUUCUCACAAAGGAAGCUACCGAAUCACUUGAAGAUACCUCAUCUGGAGCGCCUCAAGAAACAGUAAGCUGUGAUAGAUCUCCUAAAACAGAUGAUUUGCCGACUGAAGUUGCAACACAACAAACGGUAGAAGCUUUCCGAGAGGACAUUGUUAACCAAGAACGUACGGACUCAGGCUUGGUGCCCGCUCGAGAAUAUCUCGAGACGAUAAGCUGCGAUUACUCCACUUUGCAUAAAUCCCUAACGACAGAGGAUCUAGCGACAGCAGUGGCAAAGCAACAUGCCGCGGAAUUUAUCAUAGAGGGCCUUGUUCAAAAGGAAGCCAGGUCACGAGCCCAAGAAGAGCAACAUCGUCCGACACCAAUUGCGGUGGUAACACAACAAAUGAGGCAAUACUGCGAAGAAUUGAGAAGCAUUCUCUACCCGAACAAGCCUGAGGCCGAAACACCUGACCGCCAGGAAGCUCUACAGUUCUUUGAAGAAGAACCACGUGUAGCAAGCGAAGAUCUGAACAAAGAUACAAUCUCGAACUUAUUAGAAGCACAAGAGAACAUGUCUCAAGUUGAGCAUGGCGAUGAAGAAAAAUCUACGAUUUUGGAAGAUAACAGAGAAAUAGUCGGUAAAAUCAACACCGAAACCUGGAUCGGACAUUCUAGUUCUUUACCACAUCUGAACGAUCAACUAAUAACUGCCGAUACAAAAACCUCUAAUGAUCAGGCUGACCUGAGUCAACUUACUAUCUCUAACUCACUGAAAAAGGGGGUAGAAAAAGUUGCCGAUUCUGACAAUGAAACUUACUCACAAAAACGACAGCUCGAGCAUGAGGUGUCUGUCCAUCCGGUAUUGGCGUGGCUGUCAGUGGUACCGAACGAAGAAAACGCGCUUUGCUGCGGUGGGGCCUCAACGAUUGUAAAGCAACACUUGGAUGGAAUCUCUCCCUACACGGAAGACUCUACAACUGCCACAUUAGCGCCCGAGGGCGCUUCUUGUUCUGAGAACUAUCCAUCUACUCUCGUUUGUACUGCAGGUGACCAAAUAACUGAUGAUACUAUAGGAAUAUUCAAGACUCCUAGCCUAGAUGUUGACUUUCUUGAAGCUGAAGCUACUGAUGAUUCCACGCACUUCAUCGAAGCUACCAGUUCGAAUAAUACGUCAACUGAAACCGUUGUAGAUAGGUUUGAGAGCACCGGAACGCAACCUUCAUCGCUAUCUGUCACCGAUAAGGGCGUUGGGAAAGGAAUUGCCGAUCUAGGCAAGGUGCCCACUACUACAUAUCUGCAAACAAUAAGCUGCGAUUACUUCGCUCUGCAUGGAUCUUCAACCCCUGAGGAACGACACAGUCCUCCGCCAAUAGAAAACGAAACUUAUCAAACCGUGGAAACUACUGAUGACACUUUUGAGAAGAGGAAUAACGAACAAGAUGAGGGAACCUCACCUAUUGUCUAUGUCGAAACGAUUAGCUGCGAUUAUUUCGCGCUGCAUAAUUCCCCUAUUCCUGAGGAUCAUAUUGAAGAGGUUAUCACUGAUCAAGAUACAAUAAAUAAUAAUCCGCAAAUCGUCACAUCUACCCACGACACUGUUGAAAAAGGAACUGAUCCAGGUGAAAACACCUCACCUCGUAUCUAUGUGGAAACAAUAAGUUAUGAUUGCUACGCCCUGCAUGAGUCUGCAAAUCCUGACGAAGUCCAUGAUCCACCGUCAAUUGACGUAACACCACUGCAAACCACUGAAAGUAUCGAUGACAAUCUCAUUGAGAAGGGUAUCAGAGACCAAGAUCCAGUCCACUUUGCUCUACAAAAGUCGUCGUUGCCGAAAGAAAGUCAAAGUCCGAUACCGGUUAUAACUCAGCUAACUACCACUGACGACACAGUUGAAAAGGAAUCUAAUGACCUAGAUGAGGACACAUCACCUCAUGUCUAUGUCGAAACAAUAAGCUGCGACUACUUCGCUCUACAUAAUUCUCCAACCACCGAGGAAUCAAUCGAGGUGGGACUACAGCAAACCCCAGAAGAUAUUGAAGGUGACCUUGUUGAUAAAAGCAUCACUGAGCAAGAUAUAACAAACUGUGAUAACUUCGCUCUGCAUAAGUUUCCAAAAAUUGAGGAUCAAAUCGAGGUCGGACCGCAGCAAACUGCAGAAAUAUUCGACGAGAAUCAUGUAAAACCCCGAAUUGAUGUAAUAUCUCAUCAAACCGCAGAAAUUAUCGAUGACCAAGAUCUAAUGAACCGUGAUCCCGCUCUGCAGGAGUCUUCGAUGCCACCAGAAAAACGGCAUAGUCCGACACUGGAUGUACCUCAGCCAACCACCGAUAAUACUUUUGACGCCUCUGUUGAAAAGGUAGUUAAUGACCUAGAUGAGGACACCUCACCUCGUGUCUAUGCUGAAACAAUAAGCUGCGAUUACUUCGCUCUGCAUAACUCUCCAACCCCAGAGGAAUCCAUCAAGAUGGUACCACUGCAAACCGCAGAGAUGAUUGACGAAGAUCGUGUUCAAAACGUCUCAACCUCGGGAAUACGACACAUACUUGAACCAACGUUGGUUAUAACUCAACAAAUUGCGGAAACUAUCACUGACGACACUGUUGAAAUGGCAAUUAUUGAGUCAGAUGAGAAUACCUCACCUCGUAUUUAUGUGGAGACCAUAAAUUGUGACUACCACGCCCUACAUGAGUCUCCAGCUCUUGAGGAACGUCCUAACCCACCAUCAAUUGAGGUGCUAUCGCUACAAGCCGCUGAAAUUAUCGAUGACUGUUCCAUUGAAAAUAAUAUCAUUGGCCAAGAUGAAAUAAACUACGUUAGCUCCACUCUGCAAGAGCCUUCGAUACUGGAAGAACGACAUAGUCCUUUACCGAUAAUAACUCAACAACCGAUAGAUGACGUCACAAUUGAGAACGAACCCGUAGACCUAGAUGGGGAAAUCUCACCUCUUGUCUAUGUCGAAACGAUAAGCUGUGACUACUUCGCUCUGCAUAAUUCUCCUAUCCUUGAGGAAUCAAUUGAAGUGGUUCCACAGCAAACUGCAGAAAAAAUAGUUGAAGACCACAUUACAAAUGUCUCAACCUCGGUAAUACGGCACAGCCCGGAACCACCGGUGGUUGUAACUCAACAAAGUGUAGAAACUGUCACCGAAGAAACUGUUGAGAAUGAAAACACCUCACCUCGUAUCUAUGUGGAAACAAUAAGUUGUGAUUACUACGCCCUACAUGAGCCACCAACUCCUGAGGAACGUCCUCACCCACCUUCAACUGACGUGGUAUCACAGCAAACUAAAGAAAUUGUCGAUGACUAUCUCAUUGAAAAGGAUAUAACUCAGUCAACCACAGAAACUACCACUGACAAUACUAUUGAAAAGGAAUCUGAUGACCAGGAUGAGGACACCUCACCUCAAGUAUAUGUCGAAACAAUAAGCUGCGAUUACUUCGCUCUGCAUAAUUCUGCAACCCCCGAGGAAUUGAUCGAGGUGUUACCACAGCAAACAGUAGAAAUCACCGACGAGGAUCACGAACCAACGUCUGUUGUAACCCAGCAAAGUACAGAAACUGUCACCGACGACAUUGUUAGAAAGACAGUUAUUGAUUCGGAUAAGAACACCUCACCUCGUAUCUAUGUGGAGACGAUAAGUUGUGAUAACUACGCCCUGCACGAGUCCCCAACUCCUGAGGAAGGCCAUAAGCCAUCACCAAAUGUCAUGAUACCUCAUCAAACCGCUGAUAUAAUCGAUGACGAUCUCAUUGAAAAGGGUAUCACUGACCAAGAUGAAAUUACCUGUGAUCAUUCCACUCUGGAAGAGUCUUCGAUGCCGAAAAAACGGCAUAGUUCGAUACCGGUUAUAACUCUGCCAACCGCUGAAACUACCACUGAGGAUACUGUUGAACAAGAAUCUGGUGACCUAGAUGAGGACACCUCACCCAAAGUCUAUGUAGAAACAAUAAGCUGCGAUUACUUCGCUCUGCAUAAUUCUCCAACCCCUGAGGAACGGGACAGCCCACUGCCGAUCGAGGUGAUACCACAGCAAACCACAGAAAUUUUCAAUGAGGACGAACUUGAAGUGAUCUCAGCCUUAGAGAUACGGCAAAGUCCGCCUCCAAUGACGGUUGUAACUCAGCAAGGCGGAGAAACUGUUGCCGAAAAAAGGGUUGAAAAGGGAACUUCUCCACCUAGUAUCUAUGUCGAAACUAUAAGCUGUGAUUACUUCGCCUUGCAUAAAUCCCCAACCCCUGAGGACCAACAAAGCCCACCACUAAUCGCAAUGGAACCACAACAAAGCACAGAAUUGUUCGACGAGGACCAUGUUGAUAAAGUCGCAACCUCAGAAGACCAGAAUAGCUCACUUCCGAUGGCGGUUCUAAUUCAUCAAGCCACGGAAUAUCCCUCUGAUGACAUUGUUGAUAACUUUUCCAUCGACCAAGAUGAAGACACCUCACCUCGUGUCUAUGCCGAAACCAUAACUUGUGAUUACUAUGCCCUUCAUAAGUCUCCAACUCCCGAUGAACGGCAUAGCCCAACGCUGGAGGCAACGUCACCACAGCAAACCGCUGAAAUUAAAGACGACCUUGUCGAAACCAGUGUUACUGAUCCGGACAUAAUACCAGGUGAUAUCUAUAUCCACACAAUAAGUUGCGAUUACUCCGCUCUGCACCAGUCUCAUACCCCUGAGGAACGUCAUAGCCCACCUCCGAUUGCAGAACAAAAUGAGGUGCCAACUCAAACCUAUCUCGAUAUAAUAAAACGCGAUUACUCAACUCUGCACAGAUCACGAACCCCGGAAGAUGGGCAUCACCCACCUCCGAUCGCGGUGGUAACGCAACAAAUGAGACAAUACUGUGAAGAACUGAAAAGUAUUCUAUAUCCCCAAAAUUCAGCCCUCAAACUGCUUAUUCAUCCUGAAGACCUACCUGUAGCUAACGAAGAUCUACCUGAAGCCGAGUUUAAAGCUCACAGUGGCAGCUCAAUACAAACAGUUCCAUGUGGCGAACAAAUAUCAAUGCCUUUAGAAGCGAGUGAGGUCAAAAUGGCCCUCUACAAUCAAAACCUUCGCAAUUUGGAAUACUUGGAAGAACAAACGAAUGAUAUGGAGGUGUCACAAUACUUCCAUACAGAGAUCGCCAGCAGAAAUAUCGCUGAAAUGAUCCCAAGCGUGAAGGAGCACGCAGUCCAAGAAGCAAUCAGAGUCAGUAAUACACCAACUCCUGAACCAGUGGCCACUCUGGUGUACCAACAACCGGUCGAUAUUGUUGAAACUACCACAAGUUGGGAAGAGAUUCAAGAAAUUAAUGUUGUAGAUCACUCACAAACUGAAGAGCCAACUGUAUCACAAACUGAUCAUCUGCAAACUUCUCAUGUGGAAAAAAUCCAAGUUUCCCGUUGGAGUUCUUCUGCCAAUUUGUACACACCUACAGAUACGGCUGAGCAGUUGCAAACCCCUCUAGAAGAUCCUGAAAUUUCCAAAGACAGCUGUGCAUCAACACCUGCACCGUACCACGUACAACAGGCCGAUGAUAACUUUUCUGAGCUAUCCUCACUCUCCGUCUCACUAACACCGGUUUGCGCUUUGACUAACCACAACUACAGCACCAAUUACGACAACAACAACAACAACAACACUAACCCCACUAUAACCGAUACUAACACAUCGACUGAGCCUCAACAGCCGUCACCGAGCUUUGUUUCGGAAGCAUGCUUCCUAGUGACAGACCCAGACUCAUCUCAAUCUCAACAACUUCCAGCACAAUCAGAGCCAAUUCACCACCAAACGUCGUCGGAGCUAGCCAACGGUCAUGAUGAUGAUGAAACGACAGAUGAAACGCUAAUCCCCGGUUCAAUAGCCGAGCGCGAGCACCUGAAGUGGCGAAACGCAUCGCCCAUCCCGAACAACCCGUACUCUCCGGAUAUCCUGCAGAGAAGGCUUACGGAAUCGGGUCGAAAAUCCAGUCUCUUCGAGCUUGAUCGAUCGGCAACAAACAGUCAAACGCCGCCGAAAACACCUACUCCGGUUGAACCAUUAGAUUCAACGAAAGAUGAGGAAGGGGAUGUUACGGAAGCCGAUCGAUCACUGCAAUCCGUUCUCGGGGAUAAACCAGCUCAGUAUCGAAGAUACGGUAGAGAUUACUACAUAAACGACGCCAAAACCGCAUCAGGUUCCCGCAAGGCUGCCGCCGAUUCGGGCGUACCGGCCAAACUCUCUCACAGCACCGACGACGAGAAAUCUCUUCUCUUGUCGCAACAACAACAACAGGAUCAGCCAUCAAGUCUGAGGCCAAAAGUUUCGAGUCCUAGUCACAACAACUCAAAGCAGCAGCAACCGCUGGGGGCGUUCCCUUUUGUAAAAUCGAGCAGUGUUGGUAACGUCAUUCCGGCUACCCGAACCGAGGAUAUUUUCUCCGCCGGCCGGCCCGUUGAGGUUGCUCCCGACGAUCCCGUUCUGAAGAAGGGUACCAAGCUAGAUUACCUUAGUUCACCGACACGAGAGGUCUAUCUCGUUCCUGCCGAUGAACCGAUAACGCCGCGAUCCCACGAAUCCUCCUCGGAGCCAAGCAUGGCUUCGAGACCGGACGAAAGUUUGACGUUCAGCGAAGAUUCUGACGUGACCCGAAUCUACGAAAUUGGCACCGGAGAAGCCAAGGUAAUGCACGGAAAUGUGAUUGACAGUGCCACACCCGUCACCGCGCCGUGUCCAGGUACAUCCACGAAUGAGGAGACGAAGGAUGAAAAUGAGAGCAACUCGAAGGAGGAGGAAAUUCUUGAGACUAUCCCUCAAAUCAACGCUACUCCGACCGAAUCUGAUUCGCAUUCGGCAAAGUCUACCAGUCCGGUGUUACGCAGAAACAGCGUACUGAAGACGUUCCAUGCCCAGGCUAAGCCACUGGCUCCGAGCACGAUCAAAUUCUUUUCUCCAAAGCCAUUCACGGGUUCAGCAGGAAGUCUAGCAGGUUCUUCUCCCUUGUCCAUGUCCACCACUGAGGUGAGGGACCUCCCGCAACAGCCACCUAAGCAUCACCAUUCAUCGCUCCACAUUGAUUUCCCGGCCAGUCGUAAUCUGCCUUCGCACGAUUUCACCAUCGAAAAAGAAGUAAUGGAAGUUCUGCCCUCCGUGAAGGAGCUAGCCAAGUGUUACAGCAGAAGCCAGCAAGAUGUAAGCGAAGAACCGAGAGCAUUCGUGAAACCGAAGAUCAAGCUUCGGAAGGAGUUCAUUCGUCAAUCAACGGAUAUGCUUCACGAAGAACAGCAGUCGGAGCCACGCAGUGGAAUGCCCAGCGUUCAGAACAAAAAUCGCCGAAUGUACUGCAGUGCCAGCAACAUCGGGGCCGUUGACGAGAUCCGCCGUUUGAACCUGGAGACAUACAAUAAACCAACAUACAUCCUGAUGGCUCCCGGCCACAGCAUCACCGCUCGAAGUCUAUCCAAGCAGAUUCGGGAGGAACUGAAGACCAACGUGACGGAUGACAACAAGGUACAUGUCGGACACGCAAGUCCAGAGCGGCCCAGCAGUCCGGUCUUCCCUCCCGGUCACCUGCGAAACAGUAUUCAGUUCUUCGAGAACCUGAGCAGCAAAUAAAGCAACGGGCGACCGUUUCAACUUAAGUCAUAUUCAUUUAGCAGUGCCAUUUUUCAGUUUAAUGAUACCAAAGUGUUUAAGCGACUUCGAGAAAAAUUGGCCUUGAAUGCGUGGAUCUACGUUCUGAUUUAUUGUGUCGUUUCAGUUUGUUGAAAUUUCCAAUGGUAGGCAAUUGACCUACGUUGUGUAGUAGCAUUUAGAGCGUGAAAAGAUUACCUUUUCUCAAUUCUCAUUCCGACCAGCAGCGAUUGGUCAGAUAUGAAUUGUAAAUUAUGCUUUUGUUCAAUUUGUUUUUGCUUCUACUGAUUUUCUUAUGAAUUUUUCACCUUGUUCUAAUUAUACCAAAUUAUGAAUUAAUAA